CUGAAUCUCCUCAACAGACUUGUUCAACCAUCUUAUUAGAAAUUUGCAAAGCCCUAGAAGCGUGGUGCAUCGCUUGAUCAGGAGAUAUCAGAAGCGAACAUACGAAUCACCAUGUCUUCUAACGUCGGUCUCUCGACUCCUCGCGGCAGUGGCACAUCAGGCUACGUCCAGCGCAAUUUAUCUAAUUUGAAACCCCGCGACCAAGCCGACCCGUACAACCUAGACGAUCGGAAACAUAGACAACGGAAGCCUGAUCCUGAGAUUCUUGAGCAUGAAAGACGGCGCAAGAUUGAAGUCGAAGUGUUUGAGUUGCGUGAUAAACUUGAAGAGGAGGGCGAGCUGGACGAGGACGAGAUUGAUGAUAGGUGCAACGCGCUGAGGCAGAGGUUAGAGGAGGAAAGCGAACGCGAAAAGAGCAAAAAUACGGAUGCGAGAGGCUUGAAAAGCCACCAAGUGCAUGAUUUGGCAAAGGCGAAGAUUGAAGAGACCGAGCGGCUAAGAAGGGCCUUGGGAAUACGAGAGGAUUAUGAGGAGGGCGGACAUUGGAAAAGACAGGAAGAGCGACUAAGAGAGACGCUGGCUGAGAAAGCUAAGGAAGACGCAGAGAGGGUGCGACGAAACAGCGAGGACUGAAUCCUUUCUCGCCGGCAUGAUAAACGUAGAGUAUCACUUCUCCUCUUGUGCUUUCCCGAACUCUUCAUCGAGCAGCCCGAAGAGCGGCACAUGGAAAGCAAAGGCCAAUGCUGCCUAGUUUAUGAAAGCAUCGAUCAGCCCGGUGGACGGACCUGCGAUACUCAGGGCGUGUUGGCAAAGGCUAUAUUUUAACGGCUUCUGACUAUCUGACUACUACGGCCUGAAAAUAAAAGGCUAGACCUGUGCAUGGGGUAAAUUUUGAGCACGCAGUCGGACAGAAACCAUAAAAUGCCAUGAAAACAAAGCCGCUGGCUGCUUCAAAGGCAUCAUUCAAGAAAUUAAGAACAUCAUCUGAUUUACUCACUCGACUAAGGUUCUUCAACAAAACUAUCCCGAUCUGUACUCGCCAUAUUUACCGUGGCCAAAGAUCGAAGCGCUCCAGAUUCUGAUCACUUGAAAUCUUCUGAAUUUUCCCUGCAAAACGAAAGCUCAGAAAUAUCCUUCAAUAAAUAUCAAUAUUUUUCUCGUGGCCUCUCACUGGAAAUCGGGUUGUGCAUCAGAGUGGCAUAAUGCGGCGAUCCGAAGGCUACAAUACACCAGCCCUGACACUUGAAAUGUGAGAAUCCAAACAGCCAGCAUGCCAGCUACACGGUUUUUGCAUAUCAGGCUUCCUACUCGUUCAAACGCUCGCAACGCCUCUUCGAUUACAAUACCAAUUCUCUUAACGGCUGCAGUAACUCAAGUCUGGUCUAGCGUUCAAUCUCAGAAGCGCAUAAAAUUCAAUUUAUUCAUUGAAUAUUGAAAAGAACAUAUAACUCUCUCGCAUACUU